AUGUUGGUUCCCUCAAAGCAGUUUCGCAUUACAGGAGGGCAUUCUGCAUUAGAGGGUUCAUGGCCUUGGCAGGUGAGUAUACAGUGGAUGUCGAGCCAUAUUUGUGGAGGAUCCAUCAUCAGCCAUCAGUGGGUAGUCACUGCAUCCCACUGCUUCAAGAAUAGAAACAACUAUAAACUGAGAGUAGUGGCAGGACUGAAUUAUCGAUUCAGCCAACGAAAGGAUGUCCAGUAUCGCUCGGUUCAGCAAGUGAUCCUGCAUGAGAUGUUCAACCCAUCAAACUAUGACAAUGAUGUGGCACUUUUGCAACUGCAUCGCCCACUGUAUUUCACUAAUUAUGUGCAGCCUGUGUGCAUAAUUGAAAAUGAGAUGGAUGAGAAACAACUCAACUUUAGCUUAUGUUAUAUCACUGGUUGGGGAAGCUCAGUGUCAGAAGGAAUGCUAGCUAACGCACUUCAGGAAGCUGAAGUUGAGCUCAUUGAUACGAUAACCUGUAAUCAGAGAGGCUGGUAUAAUGGCCAUGUUAAUGACAACAUGAUUUGUGCAGGAUUUGACCAAGGUGGUGUUGACACAUGUCAGGGUGACAGCGGUGGCCCUCUACAGUGUUACAGUGAAGACCUGGAGAGAUUUUACCUUUAUGGUGUAACAAGUCACGGAGAGGAUUGUGCAUUGCCGAGGAAACCUGGCAUAUAUACUCGAGCUAGCCGUAUAUGGGCAUAUUAG